AGAAAAGAAAGAGAAAAAUAGAGACAACAAGAGAGAGAGAGAAAAAAGAUUGAAUUGAAAGAGGAAGGGAUAGACAUAACCCCCAAAAAAUUGAACUAAAACAUUUCACACCCAUUAAAAAAAAAAAAAGGAAAAAGAAACUGAACCGUGGAAGGAAGAGAGACAAAACUAGACAGAACCAGGAACUUUGAACUAAAACAUCAGAGAAAAAAAUAAAUAAAUAAACUACAGUAGGACGCAGAGAGACAAUCAAACCAGAGAGCCGGACAGAAGCAGGAGCUGUACCAAGGAAGCAGCAAGACACAGGGCAGAACACAGAGCCAUGGCGUCCUGCAGGUCUCCGGUGCCGCUGAGAAUGACAAAGGAGGGGCUGUUAAACAAAGAAUCUGAGGAGGAUGAUGUAGUGAAGCGGGAGGCCGGCAUCCUGGCGCUGGCCGAGCAGUACAAGAAAGCGGGCCAGGCACACCAGCUGGCACAGCUCAUCAAGGACACACGGCCGUUCCUCUCCCAGAUCUCCAAGGCCAAGGCGGCCAAACUGGUGCGCACCAUGGUGGACAUGUUCCUGGACCUGGAGGCUACCACGGGCCUGGAGGUGGAGGUGUGCCGGGACAACAUCGAGUGGUCCAAGCUGGAGCGACGCACCUUCUUGCGGCAGUCCCUGGAGGCGCGGCUUGUGGCACUCUUCUACGACACAGCACAGUACUCGGAGGCACUGGCGCUGGGCUCCCAGCUGCUGAAGGAGCUCAAGAAGCUGGAUGACAAGAACCUUCUGGUGGAGGUCCAGCUGUGGGAGAGUAAGACAUACCAUGCCCUCGGUAACCUACCCAAGGCUCGCGCUGCCCUUACCUCAGCCCGCACCACGGCCAAUGGCAUCUACUGUCCCCCCAAGCUGCAGGCUGCCCUGGACCUGCAGUCUGGCAUCCUGCACGCUGCCGAGGAGAAGGACUUCAAGACGGCCUUCUCCUAUUUCUACGAGGCCUUCGAGGGCUACGACAGCAUCGACAGCCCCAAGGCCCUCACAGCCCUCAAAUACAUGCUGCUGUCCAAGAUCAUGCUGCAGUGCCCCGAGGAUGUGCACAGCAUCGUGAGCGGCAAGCUGGCGUUGCGGCACAGCGGCUCCCAUGUGGAUGCCAUGAAGGGCAUUGCGGCAGCCAGCAGCAAGCGCUCCCUGGCAGACUUCAAGGUGACGCUGGGCAAGUACAAGGAGGAGCUGGAGGGAGACAUGAUCGUGAAGGCGCACCUCAACACCCUGUACGACAGCAUGCUGGAGCAGAACCUGUGCCGCAUCAUUGAGCCAUACAGCCGCGUGCAGGUGUCCUACGUGAGCCAGACCAUCGGCCUGCCGCAGGACACCGUGGAGCGCAAGCUGUCCCAGAUGAUCCUGGACUCCAAGCUGACGGGCAUCCUGGACCAGGGCGCCGGCGUGCUCAUCGUGUGGGAUCCUGUCACCAAGGACAAGACCUACGAGUACGCCCUGGACACCAUUAAGGCCAUGGAGAAGGUGGUGGACGUGCUCUAUCAGAAGGCCAAGAAGCUAACGUAAGGCUGUGCCAGCAUAGCAAGCACAGUUGUGACACUCGGCUCGGGCGGGGGUGCGCGCCGCCCCCGGGCCCUCGCCGUUCCUCGCCGCGUGGGUGCCUGGGAGAUUUUCUUUAUUUUUUUGAGGAGGCGCGAGGAGUGAGAGUCCGGCGGCUCGGCCCCCGCCCACGUGUAAAUAAAGACUACGGCGUGGCGAGGGAGGUUUUGUCUGGCAUCGGUGAGGUGCGUCUGUUUUGCCCCUUUUAUUCUUUGUAUACUUACACACUGUUCAAGUGGAUGUAUGAACCACUUUUAAGUUAUUGACUAUCAAGUUUUUGUGAGGAAAAGGGUCAAAUUUUGUAUGUUGUUUGGUAACACUAGGAGCACUAGGAAUAGCUGACGUUAUUAACACUCGAGACAAACCUGGACUCUGGAAUCAAAAAUUGUCCUCUACUAAACCUUAUUUUUCACGUCCGGACCUUGACUGUUGCCACUUGCUGUUGUUUACCUGAGGGGCCGCGUCAGCCCCACCACGGGGGCCGGCGGCAGGGCGUGGCACUGAGUGGCAGCCCCUGCCCUGGCGCCCCACCCGUCACCUGGAUCAGUCAACUCAUCUCAAGAUUUGACUUUCAGAUAUUUUAUAAAUUAAAAACUAUAUCAUA